ACACAUGUAAACACAAUUGCUUGUUAAUUUGUGUAAAAUGAAUUCUAAAACCGAAGCACCAAACAUUUGUCGUAUAUGUUUAGAGGAGCCAGCUAAGCAAAAGCUUUUUGCUGAGGAGCAUGAUGAAGAGACUUUUGGUGUACAACACUUGAAUAAAACUAUUGAGCAAUGUUGCGGAAUAAUAAUCAGACAAUCGUCAUGUUUACCUUCCACAGUCUGCGAACGUUGUCACGAGUUUGUAAAUAUGUGGUGCAGCUUUCGCAAAAUGUGUCUCAAUUCUCAAGUGUAUUUGGAAUGCACUUAUGGACAGGAGGAAAGGCCGAAGGAGUUGGUCAAUGCCAGUGAGACCGAGUACAUGGAGUACCUCUACGAUUGGCUGCAAGUGGAAAGAAACUCAGAUGCAGAAAAUCAAUAUGAAACGACUGAAGAAUACGUACAAUUUGAUUCCUACGACCAGGAGCAAGAGUGUCCCACUAAAGCUGAAUAUGAUUAUAGUGUUGAAGAGGAAUUGGCAAUUGAAGACGAUGAAAGAUCAAUUGAUGUAAUAGAAAUGUAUGAACUAGACGAAGAAGAAAAGGAAGAUACGAAUUCUAAUCAAACCACAGAUCAUACAUUGGAAAAUGUAAUACAUUCUGAGGAGGAUUAUGUAGACAAUGAAGUAUAUUUUUCGUCAACCCUAUCACCAGAAGCAGCACCUUCCACUGCAGUUAAGCGUGGGCCUGGACGGCCGAGGAAGCCAGGCAGAAAAAUCAGAUCUAAGAACGAUUUGCUUCCCAAGAAAUUUGUAUGCAAUCUUUGUGGAAACGUAUAUCCGAAAAAGGCCGCUUAUACAACGCACAUGAUGAGUCACACGGACUACAAGCCACAUCAAUGCGAACUCUGUUCUAAGUCAUUCCGUCAAAUGGGCGAGUUGCGUGCUCAUAUGCGUCGUCACACGGGCGUGCGUCCCUACAAAUGUGUGUACUGCGAGCGACAUUUCUAUGAUCGCAGCGAAAAGGCGCGCCACGAACGCGUCCACACAAACACACGUCCCUACGAGUGUGAUGAAUGCGGUAAAUCCUUUACGCACACUGCCACGCUAAAAAAUCAUAGACUGGUGCAUACGGGACAAAAGAAUUUCAACUGUGAGAUUUGCUCAAAGUCAUUUACGCUUCUGCAUCAGCUGAAGGCACAUCAGCAAACGCUUACACAUAAAAAUAAAGAGGAACAAAUUCUGGCUGACGCGUCGUUUAAUGUGGAUUAAGAAUAAUCAAUUCAAUUUAGUCAUAAGCAGAC